CUCACACAGUCGCUGUUACUGAGAGGAAAUAUGGCUCAGAGAGGAGUUCAGCUGGAGAAAAUCUCUUGUUCCAUCUGUUUAGAUCUCCUGAAGGAUCCAGUGACUAUUCCCUGUGGACACAGCUACUGUAGGAACUGUAUCAAAGACUUUUGGGAUGGAGAAGAUCAGUGGAGAAUCCACAGCUGCCCUCAAUGCAGGAAAACGCUCAGACAAAGGCCUGUCCUGGAGAAAAGCAUCAUGUUAGCAGAGUUAGUAGAAGACCUGAAAAAGACGGGACUCCAAGCUGCUCCAGCUGAUCACAGCUAUUCUGGACCUGAAGAUGUAGCCUGUGAGGUCUGCACUGGGAGGAAGAUGAAAGCUGUCAAGUCCUGUUUAUCAUGUCCAGCUUCUUACUGUCAGAAUCACCUCCAACCUCACUUUGAUGUCCCUGGACUGAAGAAACACAAGCUGGUGGACCCCUCCAAGAAGCUGCAGAAGAAAAUCUGCUCUCGUCAUGAUGAGGUGAUGAAGAUCUUCUGUCGUACUGAUCAGCAGUGUAUCUGUUAUCUUUGCACAAUGGAUGAACAUAAAGGUCAUGAAACAGUCUCAGCUGCAGCAGAAAGGACUGAGAAGCAGAAGAAGCUCCAGGUGAGUCGACAACAAAUCCAGCAGAGAAUCCAGGACCAAGAGAAAGAUCUGAAGCUGCUUCAUCAGGAGAUGGAGGCCUUCAAUGUCUCUGCUGAUAAAGCAGUGGAGGACAGUGAGAAGAUCUUCACUGAGCUGAUUCAUCUCAUCCAGAAAAGAAGCUCUGAUGUGAAGCAGCAGAUCAGAUCUCAGCAGGAAACUGUAGUGAGUCGAGUCAAAGAUCUUCAGGAUAAGCUGGAGCAGGAGAUCACUGAGCUGAAGAGGAAAGAUGGUGAGCUGGAGCAGCUCUCAAAGACAGAGGAUCACAACCAGUUUCUCCACAACUACCCCUCACUGUCAGCACUCAGUGAGUCUACACACUCAUCCAGCAUCAAUAUUCAUCCUCUGAGAUACUUUGAGGAUGUGACAGCAGCUGUGUCAGAGCUCAGAGAUAAACUACAGGACAUCCUGAGAGACACAUGGACAAACAUCUCACUGAAUAAACCUACUUACAUGCUUGGGAUGGAUCGGCCUUUCAGGCAUAACCUGCCCCCCCUCCUCAGGCCACAAAAACCCCAGCCCCUCAAGUCCCCACGAAGGCUCCGAUUGCAACCAAAAACAGCAAGGCCUUUUUUAUAUGGGAUGAACCAAAUAUUUACAGAGACAAAAGAAGAGAAAAAAUGAUUUAUAUUAUGAUUAUUAAAUAUUUGGUCAGUUUCACUGGUUAUAGUAUAUCAGGUUCUGAUUAGAGAGUCUCACUGGACGUUGUGACUGAGAGGUGGAGAGGAGGGAGAGGUUAAGGUCAGAUGAAUGUUUAUUUAGAUUAAAUUUCAAAUCUUGGUUAUUAUAUUGUGACACAAUCAGUUACACAUUUUAUCACAACAACAUUCAAACUCCAGUACCAGGUCCAGUUUUCUCCAGACUAGGAGUGUAUCUGGAUCACAGAGCAGGUAUUCUGUCUUUCUACAGCAUCUCUGAAACCAUGACUCUGAUCCACAGAGUCCAGACCACAUUCACUCAGCCUCUAUAUGCUGGAGCUUAUGUUCCAGUUGGAUCUUCUGCUGAGUUUAUUAACCUGAAAUAAUCAGAACUGUUCUGAGGUCCAGUUGGUUAAAAUGUGUAUUUUAGUUCCAGUUUCUUUAGUCUCCAUCAUUGUUGCUGAGAGCUCAUUGUUGUGUCAUUUCUUCACUGCUCAGAGAUCAGCUGUCUUUAUGGAGCUACUUUGUCAUCUUCUUUGUUGUUUUGUUGAUGUUGGAGUUUGUUUGGGUGCUGCCCCUUCCUGUUUCUGUUCUGGACAAUUUUUAUUCACCUAGACUAAUUACAUUUACAUUUAUUGCUUUGUCAGACCAAAUGUUGUUGUUGUUCAAAUCCAUGUACAGAUGAGUUGAUGGAAACUGUAAUUAUCAUGAUCAUCAUCAAUCAGGACAUCAGUCAUAGUCACAUUUUGUCCACAAAACUUCUGGUUUGAUCUUCAUAGACACUCGAUGCACAUAUGUUUUAUUUUAUUAUUGUUGUUAGGUAGACAUUUUUCAAUUAUGUAGAAUAGUGCAUGUUAGUUAAGUGAAGGUUUUUGGACCAGAAUGGUGGUAUAUCAGAAUUAUUUGGCUUCAAUAAAUCUUCACAUAUAUAAUUAA